AUGGCUACAUCUUCGUCAAACCCAGAUGCACAGGCAGUCGCGGACGUCUCAUUCUCUCUACCGACGCCUGCGUCGCCGCCCCCUCCUUCUCCGAGCGUGCCAAGCGCUGUGUCGCCCGAAGUCAGAGCGGACAUCGCGCUGGGCGUGGAGCGCUUGCAAUUCGCAACACUUUUGGGCGAGCGCAAGAAGGCGGUGGCUGCUCUUCAAUCGUUGGCGCAGAAAUUCGACGCGUCUCGCAGUCCCGGCGGCCGUAAGAGCAACAGCAGCAGCGUCGACCCCAGAGUUGAAGAGCAGGAGCUGGGAGAUGCCACCGUGCCCGCCGUGCUGGCCGCGCUGGUGUCCGACCCGCGAGACACGGAGCUCAUGGAGGCCAUGCUCGAGUUCCUGCAGUCCGUCGUGAGCCGCGCACCGUCGGCCGCCCUAUUGCUGCUCGAGCAGCCUUCGACCACGGCCACGGCCACUGCGCGCGCUGCAGGACGUGCAGCCGGCGCGUUCGCCAAGUCGGUGCUGGAGUGCAAGGAGGGUUUGCGCUGCCUGCUGGAGGUCGUGGAGUACCGUCGAGAGCACAUUCGCGACGCGGCGCUGGCCGUGCUGGGCCAAUUGACGGGCCGCGACAAGAACGCGCAGCAGUUCCUGGCCUUUGAGGAGGGGUUCGCCAGGCUGUUCCAGAUCAUGGAGGUGGAGGGGCUGGCGGAGACGGGUGCCAGUCCGGCGUCCAGUGUCAUCGCCGACUGCCUGCAGAUCGUUAACAACAUGGUGAGAGACAACCUCAUGACGCAGACGCUGUUCCUCGAGAUGACGUACCUCGAGUCCCAUGUGCCGAGGCUGUUGAGGUUGCCCGGGAUCGACGGAGGAGAGGAGGAGGAGGAUGCAGCCGCGUUGAGCAGGAGGAAGCGCGUGCUGAAGCUUGGCCUGCAGCUCGUGCGGUUCCUCGUGGCGGGGCUGUAUGAAGGAGCGCGCGAGUCGUCGCUGGAUGAAAUGGCACAGAGAGACCGUGACCGGAAGGGACAGGAGCUGGCCAGGAUACAGAGUCUCGUGGCCCGACAGGAGGCGCUCAUGGGCGCCGUGGGGGAACUCGUAUGCUGUCGCAGUGACGCGCUGGCCGAUUUGAGACUGCAGGCUCUGGAUUUGUUACGACUGGUGACUGAGCACAACGGCAGCGCGCAGAUGCUUUUGGUUAACUUGUACGCGUCACCUUCCGGCCGGAAUGCUCUUGCGGAGUUGGUAAAUCUUGAUGUGGGCAACGGAAGUGACGAGUCGCCCAUUGCUGCGGCGUCGUCAGCACUGCUGGAUACGCUUUUUGAGGAGAGCGAGGGUGCUAGGAUGGCCAUGCUGCAGCAUAUCCAGUCCGCACCGCCACCUCCGAUGUCCAGUGGAGGAGACGGUGGAUACGAUGCGUUUUCAGCUCCUCCAUCGGCGGGUCGAGUUCUUUUGGAUGCGUUUAUCUGUAACGCUGAGUUCAUUAUCCAGUGCGACGCCGUCCGAGACAUCGUAGGCUCCGUGACAAACUUGUCGGUGCUGGCGGAUAGUCUUUCCGACGAGCAGUCUAUUGCUUCUUCUCGUGGUGUGUCCGAGAUGACACAGCUACGGGGCCUUAUUGCCCUGCUGCAGGAGUGCUGUCUGGAAUUUCUGUGUGAAGACGAGGAAGAGCAGGCCCUGAAGAUUGCAAGUGCGGCACUAGUACCAGUCGCGGUAGAACAAGAUCAAGGACUGCAGAUGACCCGUGGCCAGCUUCUUCAGAUGAUCAGCAAGAUCAUGGCUGAACAGAUUCAGAAGCGCGUCAUCGCGAUUUACACCGGAGUGGACCAGGGAUCUACCCCAUCUGCAGGCGUCGAGUCGGGAACUCCAAGCGCAAUCGGCGCCUAUCAGGAUCUCAUCCGCAUGCAGGACAAGCAGAUUCAUGACCUGCAGCAAGAAGUGGAAAGUCUGAAGCAGCGUGUGGCUAAUGGAGCGGGUGAUUCAAACGCUGCCAACGCUUCUAUGGCAGACCCAGGCCGUAAGAACGAUCUAAUGGAGAUGUUGUCCACCCAGCGUGAGCAAUUUGAGCGAGAGAAGGCUGAGUUAGAAAGCAAAAUCAAGAGCAUGUCGGAGUCAGCGCUCGAGAUGGAGACUCGUGUGAAUGGUCUUACGAUGGCGUAUGAGCAGCUUGAGCGAAAACACCAACAGCGUGGACAAGAGCUGGCUGCAGCUCACUCUGGAGUGACCGGGGUAUCUUCACCUGCUGCUUCUAGCGGGCUGGAAGAGCAAAUCGCUAUGUUACAAGCUGAAUUAGAUGCGGAGCGAGAAACGAAUCGGCGACUACGAAGCGAGGCUACUGCAGCUAAAGGUGGGGUGGCGUCGCAAGCACUUCGUGAGAAGGGUGAUGCUGAGCUUGCUGAUGCGCGCCUCAUGACCCAGCUCGAGGAGCUGCGUGUUGAAAAUAAGCAGAAGGAUGAGCAACUAGCCGAAUGUACUCAGAUGCUGGAAACACUUACCGAAGGGCAGAACCUAGUGAAACGGGACAACGAGUGGCUGAAAGCAGAGCUUACAGAGUUGCGCUCAAGAACCGAUCAAGCAGGCGAAGCAGACGGAACCGAGUGCAUGAGCGUUGUGGAUGAAGGAUCAAGAGUUCUACGCCAGCGGAUUCAGGAAGUAGAAGCGGUGCGCCGAGCAAGUCCCCCCGUGAGCGUGGAGUGUGCUGCACUCGAGACUGCGUUGCCUACCGAUGAAGCCCUCAAGACUGAAGCAGAUGUGGGUGGAGAAUCACAGGAGGUAAAUGAGGAUCAACGCUUAAAGGAGCUCGUAUCUACCCAGCUCGAGGAACUGAUGGAGUUGCGCGCUCUUGUGGCUGAAAUGGGGACUGUAGCCAUCGAGCGCGACGCUCAGGUCAAGCAAGCUUCGUUCCUGCAGGAACUGAAGUUCGAAGCGACCGUGCGUGAGUUGGAGGACGAGCUGGCCCGCGCCUUCUUAGAGAAGAAGGAUGCCGGCCGCAAGGCGAAGGCCGCGGUGAAGGAGCUCGAGAAUGAGGUGGCGCGCUUGUUCCUCGCCAAGGUGGAGUUGGAGAAGGAGCUGUCUGUUCACCAGCAAGGCGAACGUGGCAGUCACGCAGAAAACGGAGAGAUGCUGAGUGCAAAUGGAUCGUUCCGAAGAUCCAUCGCGUCCGAGACCAGCAACGACUCAACCUUCGACGAUUUGUUGGUGCUUGGAGAUCCAGUGCUCUGUUCUACGUGA